CCCGUUAACACCUCUAGCAUGCUGCGGCAUGUUCAACCUAAAUGAAUCCCCUUCGGGUCUCAAUCCUCGGAGGCAACCGUGCAAUUCAAAUGGUCCGAUAAGAAUCCAUGGCGUUCCUCGACUCCAUUGCUUUAUUGAUUGGGUCUUAUAUCACCGGUCCCCCUCAACAUGUCGUCCCGUUCGACUGCGAUAUGUUCCAUACCAUUUCAUUCACUCCGAAAUACCAUUCUAGACAUCUCCCCAUCUGCCACCCCACGCAGAGUUCGGCUUCUCCACUGCAGACAAUUUCUAGAUCAUGACAUCCUCGCAAUUCACGAGUAUCCCGAUAACCCUUCUUUCCCAUACACAGCUGUGUCGUACGUCUGGAAGGGCUUAGGUGUUGACCCUAGCCACACCGAUCACAAGUACGGUACAUUCGCUGUCAAGGGCGCUGAACAUGGCGACCCGAUCAGCAUCGAUGUCCUCAAGCAUGCGUGCACUGCUGCUGUGGACGAAGGAUCUGAUUACAUCUGGCUUGACAGACUCUGUAUCUUGCAGAAUGACCACGAUGACAAGGCCUGGCAGAUCCGCCAGAUGUACAACAUCUACAAGUCUUGUGCACUGUGCAUCGUUUUACCUGGUGGAGUGCGCAGACUCGCACGGGUCGAUGAAGAAACGACUUGGAUCCACCGUUCAUGGACGCUCCAAGAAGUCAUGGCGCAAUCAAAAGUAAUGGUCUUAUUUGCUUGGACAUACGGAAAGGCGUUGUCCAUGUCAAGUGUCAGCGCAUUGUUCGGUUAUAACGAAGUCAUCCAAGGCCAGUCGGCCAUUUGUUCCCUUGAUCACGCCCUGCAGGCCAGCAUCGGGAGGCUCAACCUCACGGCAGAGCGGAAGAAGUUUGAACCCUUCUCAAUCAAGCUCCUUGGUCACGCAAGAGAUCCUAAUACCAGCGCACUCCUGGCUGUUCUGAAUGGUGGGGGUGUAGAGUCAGAAGCUGGUGCACAAGCAGUAUGGCGAUGCUCGCUCAUGCGCACGUCCUCAUUCCCCAUCGACACCGUACUCAGCAUCAUGGGCAUGUUCGGAGUGACUCUUGAGCCUCGUGCCUUCCAGAAAGGGGACAGACGAGGUGCAACUAUCGCACUUGCCAAAGAGAUACUGCGGAAAGGAGGAAGAGCGAGUUGGCUCGGUCCUUCCCUCUCUCUUCCCCCAGCAAAAGGGCUCUCUGCAUUUCCAGAAUUUCCGCACGUGUCUGUAGCAGGACAAGCAACGCUGACGACCAAAGAGGGGGACCGACCAGUUGCAGAGUUGCUACCACGGGUCACAGAAGGAUGGUUGAAUGGUGUUCCGACAGGGGUGAUGGAUGAUGCCGGAUACUUCACUUUUUCCGCACCUGCUGCACUUUUGGUUCCCACCGGUCUUCACAAGAAUGAUCCUACCCUGUAUGACAACAAGUCACCAUUAGAUGCCACUGGGCAGCUACAGGUCGUCGCAAUGGACUGCACUAUCUGGAAGAUACAUCUCGAUGGUGAAGAAACCUAUCAGCCACCACGCCGCACUUUUAUUGUCUCCAUAGGCUCUUUGGUGCACUAUACUUCUGCUACCUUUGGAUGCUUCGUGAAUCCAUAUCGCUACAGGGCAUUGCUGGUGGAGGAGGACGGGGAUGGAAAGUUCCGCCGGACGUCCUAUUUCGCCUUGGGUGAAGCAUACGUACCCUACAUUGAGCGCUGCAAAACGCACACGUUCUGCCUUGGAGAUUAGACUGCCCUUGUUUGGCGGGAAAGACAUAACAGAGGAGGAACAAGAGCGAACGACUGUCGUCAGCUUCCUUCUAUUUUGUCUGCCUAUGGGAGACUAAAGAAAAGUUAGGUCGGAUCGUACAUAUGCAUGCAAUAUUUAAUCAGUAUGUAACAACUAAUUGUGUUUUAGGGAGGCAAUGCUGCAAAGACCAAAAUAACGAUCUAAGAUAACCCAGACGCGGCGGCAGCGCUUAAGUCACAUCGUUCAAUUGUACGGUAGGGCUGAGGGCGAGAGGCCAGCUUGGC